ACGCCUCGCUCGCAUCGCCCGCAUCACCCGCAAGCAUCGCCCGCACCUCUCGCUCGCAUCGCCCGCAGCGACAUCUUUUCGGGAUGCGAGAGAGUUGAAGUUCAGUCAACUUUUCCGUGCGGGCGAUGCGAUUUUGCAGAGGGCAGCACGUCCGCCAUCUUGGAAUGUAAACAAAGACCUAUGUAUAUGCGGCAGUUGUUGUCAAGGUUGUUGUGGAGUUGUAGACAUUUACUAACCUAUGUGACAUUGUUAUAAGUUUAUUGUUAUUACAUUUCAUAUUUUAUCGUAACAGAAAUAUAUCUUUUUUUACUGUGGUGGACUACUUGAAGCGGAUCCGAGGACAAGGGCGGGCGACGAAAUGAAUCCUGAGGACAUAGCGCUCGCAGAGCAGGUGCAGCGGCGGAUCGCUUUAUGGGACAUACGAGACAAAGGCUAUCGUCUAAAGCCCAUCCAAAAGCAACACCUGUGGGCUGAAAUAGCAGAAGAGCUGCACAAGGAUGAGCAAGAGUUAAAGAGGCGAUGGCGCAACAUCCGCGAUUAUUAUCGCUCGCUGCGCCACAGCCGAGCGGCACCCAGCGGCAGCGCUGCGCUUCCACCGCUGACUACGCUCCAACUGGGGUACAUGAGGUACCUGAGCUUCCUCAAUCCAGUGCUGGAGGCUAAAACUACGUGCACCAGCCUGCAGCAGCCCGGCGCUACACCGCUGACGCCAGACGAGUCCGCGGCGACGGCCGGGAACUCCUUCGAUAGCAUUUUCGAAUCGGAGCUCCAGACCAACGACUCAACCGGCGACGGUCUGCCGCCCACAGCGGACGACCCAGACAACGUCACCCAGGUAGGCGCCCCUUCUGACGCGCCGCGCCGGAAGGCACGACAGCCGCUGAAGAAGAGGCGGAUUACCGCCGCCGACAGGCUUGAGCAGGAGGUGGCCGAUGCCGUUGCUGAGGUGCGGCAGCUGCAGAACGACAAGCACGAACCGUUUUUGCGCAGCGCUUCUCAGCUCCUCGACAAAAUGGAUGAGGCUGCCUGUGCGCGCUGGAAGGUGAAGGCGUUGGCAGAGCUAACAGCGCUCGCUUACCCACCUUCAGAAGGACAGGAGUAGGACCAGUUGCUUGAUGAGAGCUUGGCUGUGUUGGAGUUUUUUUUUUUUUUUGUCUGGUACCGUGCAGACCAGUGCAUUAAUCAGGGAUUGGCUGUGCUGUUUGAGUUUUUUUUUCCGGUGCCGUGCAGACCAGUGUAUUGAUCAGAGAUCUGCUAUGCUUUUGAGUUUUGUUUUGUCCGGUGCCGUGCAGACCAGUGUAUUGAUCAGAGUUCUGCUAUGCUCUUGCAACGAUUAUAAAGCAUCUUUAUAAUCGUUGCAUCUUUAUCACCUUAACCCUCGCAUGUGUAGAGGGUCGGAUGGACCUCCGCAUGGUUUUUCGCGAAUAACUCGCGCAAAAAGCGGUUGAUCGCGACGAAACUUUCAGUACCCUCGCAUUGAUCAACUUUACACCUACCCUGAAAAUUUCAUGACCCUGACCCAAGUGACCUUUGACCUGUGACCUAUUUCUCGAACCCAUGUUUGACCGGAAUCGCGAUUCGGCGUAUGUCGGCUCACAUUUGCCGCGCGUUUGCAAGCUUCUCGUGGUUUCAAACGUUCAGACAUGUGAUUCGAUGUUGCUCCCAUGCAUUAGAGUGGAUGUCAAGGUCACCUGAAGGUCAGGUCAGGUCAUUGACCUUUGGUGACCUCGGUUCACUUUUUCGAGUUUUACAUGUUUCCAGGCUAGUUUGUUUCCGCCUGUGUUUGCUUCGCUGCACAAUAUAAGUGCGUUAAUGUU